AUGGUACAAGAGGCCGAAGCUCAAGCCAUCACAAGCAAGGCCAAAGGAGGAAGAAAGGGAAAGAUAAUGCAACUGCGAGCCAUUGACAAUGAGGCCACCAACAAGUCAGACACCAAGGUGAUCAACGACAAUGCCAAGGAAGAAACUGAUUCCAACUCAGAUCACGACAACAAUGGAAAACAAUACAAUUUUCAUACCCUAGCAAAACUACUUGAGCCCAUCCCAAAACUCACAUCCCACAACUAUUAUAGUUGGAGUGCCCAUAUCAACACCAUCGACACCACCAGAGAGUUCAACAUCAAUUACUUGAUCCUUGACAUCAUCAGGGAGAACCAUAUGGUCCAUGAUGUAUGGAAGAAGAUUGAAAAUGGACUCACCAAUGAGGCUACUGCCAUAUCUCAUCACAUUGCACUAAUUGCUCAGCUAGGAGAGCUCAGGAUGUACAAUUCAGAUGCACGAAAGCUCAUCCAAGAGAUAAGGACCAUCCAAAUGGAGAGUAGCUUACUGGGAAAGCCAUUCGCCAAUGACACUCUAUUCUCUAAUCUACAAAAGUGUACUAUCCAACACCCAAUGUACAAAGAGACUGUCACCACCAUGAGCCAGCUCAGUUUUAGCACCCUCGCCACUGCCCUAUCUAUCUGGCAAUCAGUGAUUGAAAACAACCCCGCACUGAGGGUUGAUCCCCGACAAGCCAGUGCCAGAGUUGCCAGCAGUGAUGACCAGGACAAACCACCCAGAAAGGACAAGAAGGAUGAAAAGGACACCAACAGCACCAGCACCAAAGUCGCUGCAAGACCCCGAAGGCUCCAAUGUUGGAUCUGCAAGAGGCCUGGACAUGGGAUCAACUCAGGCGCCAGCUACCACAUGGUAAAUGACUAUAGCAUGCUCAUUGGUCCGAAAACCUGCCGAAAGCGCAUACUCACUGCUGGAAGCGAGGUUCUAGAAGCCACUGCUAUAGGAGAUGCUAGCAUAUCAACAAACACUGGAGAUAUCUUUCUUCAAAAUGUAUUCAUGUUACUCAAAAUGAUCAAGAAUCGUGAGCAAGGACUUCUGGAGUUCCAAGGCAAUACAUGGCAGGAAAACACAAUGAUCACAUCAACAUCAUUAUUUGAAGGUGUUGAUGAUGAUUUCGAGUGA